UCCACCUCUUGUUACGCACGUCUGAACAUCAACAAGGUGUGACUUUUCCGGGUCAUGCGGCCAAGCAUAUCCGGAACCUGCCUGCCCGGUAUAAUAAAAGGCUGGCCGCCCAUUCCUUGACCACCUCGUAUCUCCUACAAUCGCAUAAUUUUCCUUUCAACUCCAAUACAGGAUGCAUUUCCUGGCAUCAACUCUUUUAUGUGCGGCGUCGCUCGCCGCAGCAAUACCGAUAACUCCACGAUUGAAUGCCCGCAAGCUUCCCCUCACCGGACGGGCGGAAGCCACGGUCUACUCGAACUGCGUCCAGCCCAAUAUGGUCGCGCUGACUUUCGAUGAUGGGCCUUGGAUCUAUGAGGCAGACAUCGUCGGCAAGCUUAACGCCGCUGGUAUCCAUGGAACUUUCUUCGUGAACGGGAUGAAUUACGAUUGCAUCUACAACUACAUCGAUCAGAUCAGGAGUGCUCACGAGGCCGGGCACAUGUACGGUGAUCAUACAUGGGAUCACACGGACUUGACAACACUCAACUACCAAUCAAUUUCUAAUGAGCUCUACGGAGUCGAGCUCGCGCUGCAAAGGAUUAUCGGUGUUCAGCCAGCGUUCAUGCGCCCGCCGUAUGGAUCGUAUAACGAUCUCGCUCUUCAAGUCAUUGCGGAUCAUGGUAUGUCCGCCGUGAUGUGGGACUUCGAUGACGGUGACUCCACUGGCUCAUCGGUUUCCGAAUCCGAAGCCGACUAUGCCAACACUGUGGCCUCCCAUCCAAGCAAUCUCCUCGCUCUGAAUCACGAGACAUACGAGACCAGUGCAGACGACGUUCUUCCUUAUGCUAUCAACCUGCUAAAGAACGCUGGAUACACCUUCGGUACCGUCGCCGAAUGUUUGGGAGGGCUUCAGCCAUAUCAGUGGACGACGUCGUACGGCAAUCAGGAUAGCUCUUGGAACUGCAAUUCAAUGCCUGUUGGGCCGUCUGGACCAACGACCACUACGCAUACGUCUACCUCGACUUCAUCUACCACUACGUCGACUCCAACCCCCGGACCGCCCCGAUACAUACAAUCAUACCGGAAUGGCCAGUGCCUCGCUAUCUCCGGUUCUGCGGGCGAUGGUACACCUGUCGUAACUGUGCCAUGUGCGAGCGCAAACAAGUGGGAUAUCAGCCCAGGCGACGGUCUGGUCCGUCUUGACGGGACGAACUACUGCCUGGAUGCCGGCGUUGGACCUCACAACAACGUUCCAAUGAAGAUCUGGACCUGCUAUCCUGGUCUGACCCAGCAACAAUGGACUGAGACUAGUGACAAUCGUAUUGCGAUCACCGGUGGUGAUCAGUGCCUGGACGAGGGUCCGACUGGUCCCCAGACGUACCAGUGUACCGCAUACAACACCAAUCAGAUCUGGUAUGCGCUGGCCACGCCUCCAACCUCAAGCACAACUACCUCUACGAGCACUUCCUCGUCCUCGUCUGCGGGUCCUGCGCCUACUGGAAAUGUCCUUCAUCCAAACGGCGAUACAACGCGUUGCUUGACUGUCGCAUCCAAUAAUCCUUACAAUGGCCAGGUCGUCCAAAUCUCGGAUUGCUUCGCAUCCUCCAGCCCCUACUAUCCCAUGCAACUCUGGAGCAUUGCUCGUGGCUCCGGGUCUGUUCGUCUGGCAGGCACGAACUAUUGUCUUGAUGCUGGUACCAGCCCCGCGAACGGAAUCGGCAUGAAGGUUUGGCAAUGCUACGAUGGUCUGAUGCAACAGACCUGGUAUUACACGGAUGACAAUCGCAUUGCCAUUACCGGUGGUACGAUGUGUCUCGAUGUGACCAAGGAGAGCGGGCCAGCUCCAGGAAGUCCUUAUGGCAGCGACCAGGCCGUUCAGACCUGGCAAUGUACAGCUUCCGACAACCAGCAAGUCUUUACGGAGUGAACAGCAGUGCUUAGCGAUGUGGCAUCUACGCACUUCUCAUAGGACACUCCUUCGACCCGCAGCUCGUUUUCUUCUUUGUGAUUCUGGUUGAUGGACUUUGCCUUCACGAACUUUCUGUGGACUUUAUUCUGAUUCAUUGAACGAAUUCUCAGCACGAAUUAAUCACACAUGUAUCUAGUCAGGAUACCCUCAUUUCUUGAUCUGUGGUAUGUGAUUAAUCAUUUAUCGUUAUUAGUGCAUGAAAGAUGGAUAAGAAAGCACUCGAAUUCA